UUUGACACCGUUGCAUAAACUAAUUCCAUGACAUGUGUAAUAUUAUGUGUAAAUAUUAAUUUCAGAAUGCCAAAGGCGUUGUAAACACGAAACCGGAUCCGAUGAUGCAGCUGAGCUGUUGCAAAACCACACACAACUCGGCUGUACUCUACAGAACAGACUGUCCCGUAUACGAGCAAGGCUUCACUUUUCUCGUCAACAACCCAGAAACUGACACUUUGCACUUGAAGGUGAUCGAUCAAAAAACUCAACAAGAAUUGGGAAAGCUGUCUUAUAAUCUUUCUGCUCUGCUAGACAGUGAAUUGUUGGAACUGCAGGACCAACCCCUGCAGCUUUACAAGGCCGGACCUGACACGAAAGUCACUCUCUCCUUGCGAUUGAGGAUCUUGAAAUCGGCCGAAGUAAAAUCUGAACCAGUAACAUUGCCAAGGCAGACUAGUGUGGAUUCCACUAAAAGUCAAAUAAUCACAUCUGUAACUCAAUCUACUGUGGAAGCAGCUGUGAAUAAUAGAACUGUUGCAGAUGUUUCAACUGGUCCAUCAUCUGUCAAAAAAGAAGCCGUCGAGGAUAUGAUUGUGGCAUCGACUGCUCCACCCAAGGUUGAGAGUGCCCCCCCCUCAUCAACUCUGCAUCAUAGGAAUGUUUCUACAAGUCUAUCAGCUGGUGAAAGUGGGCUAGGCAGAAUCCAGCUCACAAUCGGCUAUAGUGUGCAACGCCAGAGAUUAAUUAUUGUCGUUCAUAAAAUUGCCAAUCUGCCUCUGAAAGAUCCGACCAAUAUUCCUGAUCCGUAUGUCAAACUAUAUCUACUACCUGAUAGAUCAAAGGAGUCAAAGCGUAAAACUGAGGUAAAAAUACUAAAUUCUUUAUUAAUCAACAUUCAUAAAUUGUAUGUUCGAAUAUAAUAAGAAAAUUGUUAG